AUGGUUGGCCAAGGGCCGAGUGAUCAAGGAUGUGAUUACUUUGAUGUGUGUAUGGUGGCACGUGAAACUACACCGAGUGCGGUCGGCCGUGAGAGCACCGCACUGAAUGUCGGUAAUGACAUUUUUGGCGAUACGCCAUUUAGUGUGGGCGGCCGUGAAGGCACCACGCUUAACGUCGGUAAUGGCGUUGUUGGCGAUUCGCCAUAUAGUGUGGGCGGCCGUGAGGGCACCACACCUAAUGUCAAUAAUGAUAUUGUUGGCGAUACGCCGUAUAGUGUGGACGGCCGUGAGGGCACCACGCUUAACGCCGGUAAUGGCGUUGUUGGCGAUACGCCGUAUAGUGUGGGCGGCCGUGAGGGCACCACACCUAAUGUCAGUAAUGAUACUGUUGGCGAUACGCCGUAUAGUAUGGACGGCCGUGAGGGCACCACACCUAAUGUCGGUCAAGACAAAAGCUCUCGUAUAGAGCGUACUAUGGUUGGUAGUAACCAUGGGGACAAUAUUGUCCCGACCCCUAAGGGGUGUAUAAGGUCUCGAAAAGACGAUCGAGACGCCGGGUAG